AUGAACGCGAGCAGCGAGGGCGAGAGCUUCCCGGGCUCAGUGCAAAUUCCAGGUGGCACAACAGUGCUGGUGGAGCUGACUCCCGACAUCCACAUCUGUGGCAUCUGCAAGCAGCAGUUUAACAAUUUGGACGCCUUUGUAGCUCACAAGCAGAGUGGCUGCCAGCUGACUGGCACGUCUGGGGCGGCGCCCAGCACGGUCCAGUUUGUAUCGGAGGAAACGGUACCUGCCACCCAGACUCAGACCACCACUCGAACCAUCACCUCCGAGACCCAGACGAUCACAGUUUCAGCUCCAGAAUUUGUGUUUGAACAUGGCUAUCAAACAUAUCUGCCCACGGAAAGCAACGAAAACCAGACAGCCACUGUCAUCUCUGUCCCUGCCAAGUCACGUGCGAAAAAGCCCACCGCCCCACCUGCUCAGAAAAGGCUUAACUGCUGCUAUCCAGGUUGCCAGUUCAAGACUGCCUAUGGUAUGAAGGACAUGGAACGUCAUUUAAAAAUCCAUACUGGCGACAAGCCCCACAAGUGUGAAGUCUGCGGCAAGUGCUUCAGCCGGAAGGACAAGCUGAAGACCCACAUGCGCUGCCACACGGGCGUGAAGCCCUACAAGUGCAAGAGCUGCGACUACGCGGCUGCCGACAGCAGCAGCCUCAACAAGCACCUGCGCAUCCACUCGGACGAGCGGCCCUUCAAGUGCCAGAUCUGCCCCUACGCCAGCCGCAACUCCAGCCAGCUCACCGUGCACCUGCGCUCCCACACCGGGGACGCCCCCUUCCAGUGCUGGCUCUGUAGCGCCAAGUUCAAAAUCAGCUCGGACUUGAAAAGGCACAUGCGCGUGCACUCGGGGGAGAAGCCUUUCAAGUGCGAGUUCUGCAGCGUCCGCUGCACCAUGAAGGGGAACCUCAAGUCGCACAUCCGCAUCAAGCACAGCGGGAAGAGCUUCACGUGUCCGCACUGCGACUUCCUGGGGGACAGCAAGGCGGCGCUCCGCAAGCACAGCCGGCUGCACCAGGCCGAGCACCCCGAGAAGUGCCCCGAGUGCAGUUACUCCUGCUCCAGCAAGGCCGCCCUGCGCGUGCACAGCCGUGUGCACUGCCCCGACCGGCCCUUCAAGUGCGGCCACUGCAGCUUCGACACCAAGCAGCCCAGCAACCUGGCCAAGCACGUGAAGAAGUUCCACGGCGACGCGCUCAAGAGCGAGGCGGCGGAGAGGAGAGACGCGGGCCGGCCGGGCGGCCGCCAGGCGGCCAGGCUGGACGCCAAGAAGACCUUCCACUGCGACCGCUGCGACGCCUCGUUCAUGCGCGAGGACUCGCUCCGCAGCCACAGGCGUCAGCACAGUGAGUAUGGCGACGGCAAGGGCGCCGACGUGACGGUCCUGCAGCUGCAGGUGGACGCCGGCAAGCCGCCCGCCGCGCCCCUGGCCCUGGGGCACCUGCCCCUGCCGCCCACCCCGGCGCCCCCGUUCAGCGAGGGCAGGGUCAAAAUCAUCGUGGGCCACCAAGUGCCCCAGGCCGGCACCAUCGUCCAGGCGGCGGCGGCCGCCGUGAACAUCGUGCAGCCCGCCUUGGUGGCGCCGAACGCCGAGGAGCUGCGGGGCAACAGCCGGCUGCAGGUCCUCCGCCAGGUCAACCUGAUCGCGCCCCCUCCGCCCCCGGGCUGCCCCGGCGAGGCCGCGGCGCUGCCCCAGCCGGCUGUCCUGCUGACCACCCACGACCAGACCCUCAUCCCCACCGCCCCGGGCGGCCCCCAGGAGGGCUCUGGCAACCAGACUUUCAUCACCAGCUCGGGCAUCACGUGCACUGACUUCGAAGGCCUGAACGCCCUGAUUCAGGAGGGGACCGCUGAAGUGACGGUGGUCAGCGACGGAGGCCAGAGCAUCGCAGUGGCCACCACGGCGCCGCCCAUAUUCUCCACGUCCCAGCAAGAGCUCCCCAAGCAGACUUACUCCAUCAUCCAAGGAGGGGCCCACCCAGCGCUGCUCUGUCCCGCGGAUUCCAUCCCGGACUAG